AUGUAUGUAAUUUUUAUAAUUAUUUUAUUGACAAUUUCGGUGAUUCAAAAUGUUGUUGAUGGAAAAUAUUUACAAAAUGACAAAAUUGGAAUAUUUAAACAUAAAUCAACAUUUAAUGACAAUUUUAAUAAUAAUAUUGAUAAAAUAGAUAAGGAUGUUUUAUCACUUACACGCAUAUUAAAUGAAAUAAAAGAAUAUUCACCAAAUUCUGAGGAAAUAAAUUAUGAUACUAUAAUACCACAAAGAGUUCCAAAAAAUAUUAAAACUCGUGAAGAUAGUGAUAAUUAUUCACAUCUUCAUAUUUCAAGAUGUUAUUUUAAUCCAGUUAGCUGUUAA